AUGCCACAAACCACCACAUCCCCCGGGGUCAAGACGCUGGUGUGUAGAGUCUGCCAGAAGGCCUUCUCCAAAGCGGAGCAUCUAAGAAGACACGAACGCUGCCAUACUGGCUCAAAACCGUUUAUCUGUAAGGAAUGCAAUAGGCCAUUUGCCCGUCAAGAUGCCCUUACUCGACAUGAGAAACUGCAUGUUCGGGCUGCAAACUCCAAACAUGCUCGAGAACAUCAACCGGGCCAUGCAGUCGCCCAGCCCAAUUCCCUAAACCCCUUGCCAUGUUGGGAUACUAUCAAGGUCCCUGCAAAUCCCACAAUUCCAACCCCUACGCAAACCCAGUCAUGGGAGGCAUCACAAUCCGAUCAAGAUUUCGGGUUACACCAGGCGGCGUCGGAUCUAGAUUUCUCAUUGAUAUGGCCCGAUUCCGAGGGCCUUUUCCAAAGCAUCAUGUCAUCGGACACCACGGAUCAAUGGCAGAUGCCCUUGGGUGCUCUACCAUUUCCGCCCGUGGUGCAGGAUGCCAAUACGAUGUCUUUUGGAUCCCCAAAUUCGUUUGACGAUCGUAGCUCAUCUAUAGGUGCAAUCCCCUUUGGGGGUAGCCGGGAGGCUGUACGGGAUGUCACUGAAAUGGUGACGAGCUCGUCUUCUAGCGUGACAGCUGCGAUUAAGGCAACAUCUAUUAACUCGGUAUUCCUUGAUGAGUGCCUGCAUAUGUUUUUCGUCAGGUUCAUCCCGACCUUUCCUAUCUUGCAUCGGGCAACUUUCGUAUUCCGGGAAUGUACGCAUCCUCUUCUGUUGAACGCCAUGGCUCUUGGCUCCCUGUACCUAGGGCCCAAGGACUCUGUGGCCAAGGGGGAGGCAUUGUGGCGGCUGGCCCACACCGCUGUGGCUACCUCGUGGCAAUCUCUUAUCACACAUCGGGGCCCUUAUGACGCCUGCAAAGGCGUUCAGCUUCUCGUCACUGCCCUUCUGGGUCAGAUAUACGGUGCAUUGUCUAAAAACAGGGUCGUCCGCACGACGAGUCAGGUUUUCCGCCCCCUCGGAUUCUUCUGGGCAAGGCAUUGUGGCAUGUUAGACUGCGCACCUUUCUCAUUAGAGAAUUUUCCCUUCCCAACGGCUUCGAGCACCGAGAAAGAUCAAAAAUGGCGGCAAUGGGCCGCAAGAGAGAUCCAGCAACGUGCAUUGCUUGCAUACCACGUACUGGAUGGUCUCGUUGCACAGAUGUCUGGCGACGGUGCAUCCACGCGACAUGUUGCCAACCCGCUCAUCUUGCCCAGCAAUGAGACUGCAUUCGAUGCUGGGAGCCCCGAUGAGUGGCUAGUACACAUGCGUUCUCAAACGACAGAUCAGCCUUCAUUCAGAUUGAUAUUCCGCUCUCUUUUCCCUCCCGUCGGCAGUAUCCGCCCCCUUGACUAUCAGUUAUCAGCCUUCGCAUUGCGCGUUGUCCUCGAAGGGCUGCAGUCGUUGGUUUCAGACUCCGAUGACAGUGAAUUGGUCGCCGUUGGUGUCCCCAGCCGCUCUGACGUCAAAAGGGCAUUGGCCCAGGUCCAUGAGACGAUUUCUAUGAGCAUCCAUCUCGCAGCCCCAGAAAGGCUUGAGGUACUCUUACGCUGGCACACAAUUUGCUUGGACACGAUGAUCAACUCGACCGUGCUUUGUAGACAUGUUUGCUCCCGCUUCGACGUCGCCCAGCAUGUGUCCGGUGGCUCUCGUACCAUGAAGGCUGGAUUUGAUAUGGCUAGGUGGGUCAACACGGAAGACGCUCGGCGGGCCUUGCUGCAUGCUAUUGCGAUCCAGGACAUCAUCGAACAGCUACCUAGAGGCCGAGCUCACGUUAUCCAUAUGCCCAGCUCGCUUUUUGCGGCGGCAACUGUUUACGUCGUCUUCUCCCUAGCCGGCGUGACCAAUGUAAAGCUGCCGCGCACAAUCGCUUGGAAAGAUACCCUGCUUUCCCAAUCUGACCUGAACCUCGGAUGUGAAAGUGCAGGAUCGUCGGGAGUAUCCGAGACGCGGCGUUUUAUCGAGGAAGGGAGAACCGAAUCUCCACCGGGUAUGCGUGCCAGCCGGAAUCUACUUUACGAAAUGAAUUCCAUGCAAAAGCUGUUCCGCUGCCUUAUAUCACAAUGGGGGAUUGCCCAUGACAUGGAGGAGAUCGUCGACAAAUGGAUUACUCUGUGUCAUUAG